AUGUUUUCUCGUACUCUGAGACUGUUUGUCCGCAGAGGACUAUCCAGAUGGGCUGUUCCAGUAUCAGGAAUGGCCUUGGGCACCGCCAUGUUGGCAACAAGCUCGAAUCCUCUGUUCAGCGAUUCUAGAAAGAAAAAGCGCAUAGUUUUCCUGGACGACGACGAGGAUGACGAAGACGAAGAGGAUCGGAAAGAAAGAGAACGGCAAGAGGCCAUUGCCAACAAACCUUCGCUGUCUACCAUCUACUCGUUGACCGAUUUCGAGAGUGUUGCGAAAAAAGUUCUGCCUGAAGGAAUCUGGGGCUACUACUCCACCGGCUCCGACGACGAGAUUUCCUUGCGGGAAAACCACUAUGCCUUCAGCAGAAUCUUCUUCAGACCUCAGUGCUUGACUGACGUCAACGGCUGCUCAUUGGAUACGGAAAUGCUUGGCACCAAACUCUCAGCACCGUUCUACAUCACCGCAUUUGCCGGCUCUCCUUCGGCGCAUCCCCUGGCAGAAAGAGGUCUGCGCAACGCUGCGGGGCUGGAAAACAUCAUCCAUCUGAUUCCGUUCCAGUUGUCUUUUCCGCUGGAGGAGUACCAGGCUGGCCUGAAGCCGGGACAGCAGAACUUUUAUCAAUUGCAUUUCUACAACCAAAAACAAUUCGACGAAGCACCCGAAUUUUUCAAGAAAUUGGAGAGCAUGCCUAAUAUUAAAGCCGUCUUCAUCAAUGUCGACCUCAACGCGCUCGGCAAUCGUGAAAAAGAUAGCAAAAUCAGAGCACGGAUCGACUCUGGAACGACAGAGGCUCUCGACGUGUAUGCUCAUUCCGGCGUCAGGUACUUCAAUCUCACCUGGGACCACAUGAGACAACUUCAGCAGAUGACUAAGCUCCCUAUUGUGCUGAAGGGUGUUCUGAACAAGAAUGAUGUACUCAAGGCUGCUGAGGCUGGUCUUGCAGGAGCCCUCAUCUCGAAUCACGGAGGUCGUCAGCUUGACUUCGCCAUGCCUCCUAUCGAAAUUCUGGCUGAGAGCAAACAGCUUCUCAAGGAAAAGGGGCUUGACAAGAAUUUCGAGCUAUUUAUUGAUGGAGGAAUUAGAAGAGGCUCGGACAUAAUCAAAGCUCUCUGUUUGGGAGCUUCGGGCGUCGGUCUGGGAAGGCCAUUCUUGUAUUCGCUGGCCAGCUACGGUGAAAAAGGCGUUCAAAAAGCGAUCCAAAUCCUGAAGGCCGAGAUGAUCAGGGACAUGAAAUUGCUGGGAGUCAGCUCUGUCAGCGAGCUCACUGAGGAUAUGGUCGACAUUACGUCAUUAAAGUACAAGGGUCUGCAGGCACGAGAUCAUCUCUACGACCAGAACUAUACACCUAUGCCCGAUCCGCCAUUCAGAAAAGAGUAA